AUGUCAGGUGUUUUUUCUACAGUAGUUAAUUUUACUACUGAACAGUUUCUUAAACGAGCUGGUAAACUAUCAGUACUUGCUGAUAUACAAAAUCAGGGUGAAUCUGAUGAUGAUAGUUCAUGUGAUGAUGAAACUGAAAAUGUGUCUUCAAUUUCAGCUAGUGGUAAAUCUCAGUUUCAUGGAAUGAGAGUGUGCGACACUAUUCCUUCCUCACUUGCAAAGUCCUACUUUCGUGUUGAACUUGAUGGGAAAAACAAUAUAUUCACAAACAGACAGCCUGCUGGCUUUUAACAGAUACUAAUAAUCGUUUGUCAGCUGAUCGACUUAGACGAGUUCAACAAAGCAGUUCUUAGAUUAAUAAAAAGCUUGUAAGAAAUACUUAGGAAUAUUUUGACAUGAUCAACUUCUGCUAUUUUUUAUUGCUUCAUGUUUCUUUUAUUGAUAUUUCAUAGUUCGCUUUUCCUCUAUGUGAUAAAAAACAAAAAUUCUCUAAUGUCUCAGUUGACUUGAUACCAAUCUUAUUACAAGAUGUAUCUAAACUUCACAUAUCAGUAGAUGUUUUUUUUUAAAUUGACUCUGGUAUUUUUCAGGGCUUAUAAUUGCCUGUCAAAUUCAUGGUAAUGAAUAUCAAAGAGAAAUAGAGCAGUGAACACGGGUUUACCGAAAGAGGUUCACAUGAAAAGAAAAUAGUAGGCACGGGUUUCCCGAAAAAUGCCUAAAAAUCAAUGUAUGGAUGCGGGUUUACCGAGUAUCAUCCGAAGCAAAAAUAGGUAUAAAUAGGCACGAGUAUUCCGUAUAAAACUUGCCUAAAUUGUUUCAAUCCAUUUCGAAUUUUUAAAUUAAAACCACGCAUAGCAAACAAAUAAGGAUGCGGGUUUUUCGAAUACACAUCCACCUCUUCGCAGUAGGAUGGGCUCUACGUGCUGAAGAGGAGAAACACUGUCUGAAAGUAGUGGCCAACAAUCCUGCAUCUUUUGGUCAAUCGCAAAAUUAAGAAAUAAAAGAGUUAUGUUAAUAAAAACAGUAAAUUAAAGAAAGUUGGAUCUUCUGAUUUAUUGUUUCAUAGUUUUCUGUUAUUUUCAGAUACAAUGAGGAACCCGCAAGUAUGGUGGGAAUUCCGGAAAUUU